AUGACACAGAUGAAGCGACGACGCGAGGAGGUGUCGCAGCGCAGCAAGAGAUCUCUUCAUCGCGACUCGGUAAGUAGCGAAGAUGCGAGCGAGACUGACGACGAUGUACAGCCCACGAACGUUGUAAUGGCUAGCGAGCCAAGCGACAGCGAAGAGAAAGGAGAAGACAAUGAUGAAGAUGAGGAGGAAGCGCUGCUGGACUUUACACAGACCGACUAUGCGGUGCAGAUGAGUCAGGCGAAACCAGCAGACGACGACGACGAGAACGAUGACGAUGAAGGAGGCGGUAAGAAGACUAACAGAGAGCCAACCAAGCCAAGAGCAUUGCACAAGCUGCCGGACAAGGCAUUGGAAGAGCUCGUGGCUAAGCUGGUGCGCUAUAUACUGUACAAAGGCGGUCUGAAGCUUCCCAUCAAGUUUGCUGACAUUAGCAAGGAUGUAUAUCCGCAGUACAAGAAUGUGUCAAGAUACUUUUUCUUCUAUGCAAAACAGAAGAUUGAAAGUGUCUUUGGCUACCGCGUAGUACGGGUGGAAAACAGCUUGAGUAAGGAGUUGUACCUUGUGCUUAACAAUGCGUCGUCGCAGAAACACUUGCUCCUUAUGAACAAAACUGGAAAUGCUGCCUCGCGCGGUUUCCUCAUGAUCAUUUUGGGGCUCUUAUGGUGCGCCCCCGCUCGGCGACUUUCGGAAGACGACUUGUGGAAGCAAUUGAUCCGUCUCGAUCCUAAGCUGAAGGUAAAUCAUUCAUUGCUUGGAGACAUUCCUCUUCUUUUCAGAACGUUUGAGAAUCAGCUCUACCUUGACGCCACAUCGGAGCUUGAUUCGGACCUGAAAAAGAUCAAGUAUUACCAGUAUGGCCCACGUACGUUCCUGGAAGUGGGCAAAGUGCAGAUUCUCAACUUUGUGUGCAAGCUGAUCACAGGACGUCCUCCAUCUGAGGUGCAGAUUGACGAGGUCUUGGCAGAGGACAGCUAA